GGCACAACUGGAAAUGUAUUGGCUGUGUCCGGAGACGGUGGGAGGAGACUUUGACAAUGAAUGUGCUGAGGGCACAUGUUUACAAUGGUCAAGGCAGAGGGAGAAUGGAGCUGCUAAAGGAUCUGUUUUCUCAAUGAGGUCGCAAACUUCAAGAGAUGGUGCAGCGUUUAAACACAGAGAGAGGGAGGGAGAGAGGGAGAGAGGGAGCUAAUGCAGGUCACCACCACAGCAGCAACAGUGUCGUGUCAUCUGAGACUCGGGAAACCUGAACACUCACACUUGAAUCAUCACAAAAAGCUGAGAGCAUUUGUUUGACUUCACCAAACACACACUUUCUGUUCCCUACACAAUCUUACACAAGAGGAGAAACUGUCAUGAUCACUUCUCAGGGAUGACCAGUGCUCAGCUGCUGGAAACUUCAACCAAAGAGUCUAUGUUUGGUGCUCGGCCUCCUCACAGUAUGACCUCCACUGUGUCCUCAGUCCCCAGUGGGGUUUUCGGACCCUCGCUGCCCCGUCCGGCCGUCUGGCCUCCCCUGGACUUUGCCCUGGGUGCCAUCGCCUGCUGUGCAGCCUGUGUGUUCACCAAUCCCCUGGAGGUGGUCAAGACUCGGCUGCAGCUUCAGGGAGAGCUCCGUGCCCGGGGAUCCUACCAGAGACAUUAUCGUGGAGCCCUGCAGGCCCUGUGGGUGGUGGGCCGCACGGACGGGCUCCGGGGCCUGCAGAAGGGACUCUCAGUCGGGCUGAUCUACCAGGCUAUGAUGAACAGUGUGAGGCUGGGCUCUUAUUCCUACUGUGAAGCUCUGGGAAUCACCUCGUUCCACGGGGGCAGUCUGCUGUCAGGGGCAGCAGCCGGAGCCAUGGGGGCCUUCAUUUCUUCUCCCGCCUACCUUGUGAAGACACACCUGCAAGCUCAGACUGUGGAGGCCAUCGCAGUCGGUCACCAGCAUAACCACCUGGGAGCGUCCGAUGCCUUCGUCACCAUCUACAGACGACAGGGUUUGGUUGGUCUGUGGCGGGGCGUGAACGGGGCCGUGCCUCGCGUCAUGGUGGGAUCAGCUGCUCAGCUGGCAACCUUCACCUCAGCCAAGGACUGGGUGUCACAUUCUCAGUGGUGCAGUCCAAACCACUGGCUCACAGCUCUGGUAGCCGCCAUGAUCAGUGGAGUCGCGGUGGCUUUCACGAUGACGCCGUUUGACGUCAUUAGCACGAGGCUCUACAAUCAGCCGGUGGAUGAAUUUCGCCGGGGUCGUCUGUACCAUGGAUUUUCAGACUGUAUGCUGAAGGUUUGCCAAGCCGAGGGUUUGCUGGGCUUGUACAAAGGCAUGGGGCCCGUCUUCCUGCGCUUGGCCCCACACACAGUGCUCAGCAUGCUGUUCUGGGACAUGAUGAGGCACCAGGCAGCCAAGGACCGCCAGAGCCAAGAACGAAGCUAAAACAGUGCGACGAGUCUUCUCAUUGUCUUAUGACUGAUGUGCUGGACUCGUUUAGAGCCAACGAAGAAAACAAUGAGGAAUUUAAAGCAGUGAUGUGUAACUUUUAAAUAUGAACAAAUGAUUCCAAUGACUUCAGACACCGUUGACUGAGCUCCGCUCGACUCUUUCCGUGUUCCCCAGCGCAGCAGUGUAUCGACCGCAUGUCGCCCGGCACAUAGAACACGAAAAAGGGAUUAAAAUGUUAUUUUUUUAUCAUUUCACUGAGAAUAAACAAAAACAGAGGCUUGAAUAAUUAACGCUGAACAAAAGUUACACAUUGCUCACACCACUUUCAUGCCUUUUAUAUGGUAGUCAGAGCCUGUUCCUCUGCUUCCACUUCUCUGUCAUAAAGUGAACCAGCACUCCGCCCCAAAACUGUCAAACAGAGACUUUAAGUGAGACUUCAGAUACUUGACAGAAGAAGAACACACAUGCUGCACAGACUCUGACUCUUCUUACAUAAUAUGCAGUUGCUGAUUUGCCUUAAAAGAAAAGUCCUGAGUAUUCGCUCUUGGAUCAUUUUACCAGAGAAGUGGUUCUAUAUAUGUAAAUUAACCCCGGAUUACUUAGUGUUCAUUAUCUUCCAUGUCUGCUGUGAUGUGUCACGGUUUUAAUGCAAAACUUUAAUGUUGACAUAAUGUCUGACAUGAACCACUGGUGCUGAAAGCCAAGAAUGCCAUUGAAUUCUGAUGUUUUCAUUUGCAGGAAAGAGAACCUACAUUUAAACAGCAAUUCAUUGUAAUGGUAACAUUAAUAAAGAUGUUUUGUAUAAAAUAUUUCUUUUUGAAAUACAUGAUAUCUAAGGGA